AUGGCCGGGUCAAAGAAGAAUCAAAAGAUUAAAAAGAAGUCUACUCAGACUAGAAAAGUGCCAACUUUGAAGCAGAAAUUGCAUCGUGAAUCGAAAGUCGUGAAAGUUGACAGCUUGAAGUGGAAGAAGGUUGACAUUCCAGACACCUUAGAUGACUUCGAGGGGUUCUACGGCUUGGAAGAGAUCGAUGGUGUUGACGUCCAAGUUGAAAAUGGAGUCACAAAGUUUAUAGUUAAGGGUGACCAAGAAGAUGAAGAUGAGGCUGAACAUGACGCUGAAGAUGACGCUGAAGGAGAAGAAGAAGAUGAAGAAAUCGAUGCUGAGGAUGAGUUCACAGGAUUUGAAACUGACGAAGUUUCGACAUCUGAAGAGCAAACAAGCUCUGAAAAGAAGGAACAAAAUAAUACCAAAGGUGCUAAAGAUUCAAAAGAUUCCAAAAAGAAGAAGCAACCGAAGACAGACAAGGACGGAAAGGGUGCCGGUGCACAAGGAACUUCCAACGCAUUCGAUAUUGACUUGGAAGCAAUUGGUAACACAGAUGUAGACCUUGCUGAGUGGAACGACCUUAAUCUCUCUUCUUAUACUCUAACUGGGUUGUCUGCUCUUGGAUUUAUCAGUCCGACUGAAAUUCAAAAGGAAACUAUCCCAUUGGCUCUAUCAGAACUGAAAGAUGUCAUUGGUAAGGCAUCAACUGGUUCGGGUAAAACUUUGGCAUACGGUAUUCCAAUUUUGGAACGUUACUUACAACAAUUACCAGUAAUCGAACAGGCUCGUUCCCAAAAGAAGUCUCCAUCCCCUACUGGUAUAAUAUUUGCACCAACAAGAGAAUUGGCUCAUCAAGUUGUCGACCACUUAAAUAAAUUGGCACAAUUUUCUCCCUUACAGCAACAUGGUAUCGUCAGUGUAACUGGUGGGUUAUCCAUUCAAAAACAAGAAAGAUUAUUGCUGCAUGGUCCUGGAAUUAUCGUUGCAACUCCAGGUAGAUUCUUGGAACUUUUACAAAAAGACGAAGAAUUAAUCAAGAGGUUAGCACUUACUGAGUUUAUUGUAUUGGAUGAAGCUGAUAGAUUAUUACAGGAUGGACAUUUCGAAGAGUUCGAGAAGAUUUUGGAAUUAUUCCAUAAAAAUAGACCCAAGAGAGAAGGACACCCUUGGAAAUGGCAAACGUUGGUCUUCAGUGCAACUUUUGCCAAAGAUUUAUUCUAUAAAUUAGAUACCCAAAAGUCGUUCAAGAAGGCAGAUGAAAAGGAAUCUGCCGAAGAGAAGAAUACCGAAAUUGUAAAGCUUUUACAUGACAAAUUGAGGUUCAAGGAUUCUAAACCAGCUUACAUUGAUAAAAAUCCUAAUGAUAAAGUUUCGGAUGCAAUUAGUGAAGCCCUUGUCGAAUGUGGAGCCACUGAGAGAGAUUUAUACUUGUACUACUUUUUGCUCAUGUAUCCUGGUUCGACGUUGGUGUUUGCCAAUGCCAUUGAUUCUGUCAAGAGACUUGUACCUCUCUUAAACAAUUUAAACAUUCCUGCAUUUUCAAUUCAUUCCUCUAUGGUUCAAAAGCAAAGAUUAAGAGCAAUUGAAAGAUUUACUGAAGCUACCCUGAAGAACAAAACUGCAGUUUUAAUUGCAUCUGAUGUUGCAGCUAGAGGGUUGGAUAUUCCAAACAUUGACCAUGUUGCUCACUAUCAUUUACCAAGAUCUGCUGACGUUUAUAUCCAUAGAUCAGGUAGAACAGCUAGAGCUGGUAAGGAAGGUGUAAGUGUGAUGUUUUGCUCACCCCAGGAACUGUCUGGUCCUUUAAGGAAACUUCGUAAGGCAAUUGCAGACUCUUCCAACAAGAAAUACAAGAAAAUUAAUGCUCAUCAAGAUGUGAAAUUGUUACCAGUUGACAUGGAUAUUAUUACCCAAUUAAAACCAAGAAUCACUAUUGCCUCAAAAUUGGCAGACAAUGAUGUUGCAAGCACCUCCACUAGAAAGGAAGAUUCAUGGGUUAACCAAGCUGCUGAAGAUUUGGGUAUUGAUGACUUAGACGAUAUUGCAAAUUUCGACGAUGAUAUUCUUAAGAGAAUGAGGAAGAGAAAGGAGAAUAAAUUGCUUGAGAAGGAUGAUUCUAAGGCCAUGAAGUACGAAUUAAAACAACUUUUGAACGAAAAGUUGAGAAAGAAUGCAAGAAGGUCUUACAUUACAAGUGGAUUGGAAAACUUGGCUCAUCAAAUGGUCUCUGGUAACAUGCAUAAUGAGGUUUUAGGACACGCAAAGAUAAAUGCUUUGGAUGACAUAAGGAAGAAGCCAAAGGUUGAUGCCAAGAAAGCAGCAAAGAAAGCUGCUCCAUCGAAAGUGACAAAACUUAAGGAAAACAAGAAGAACAAUAAAAAGGGCAAGGUCAAUAACAAUGACAAAAAAUAA